CAUAAUCGCUGUAUAAAAAUCCUCAAAACCAAAACCAAAACUCAAUCUUCCAUUUGAUUUCUUCCGCCAUUUCCAUUCUCCAAUCUCCAGUUCCCAGCUCCCAAAAUGGGUUCCAUUGCAGUUGCAGUUUUCCUCCAUUCCCAUUUCCCCUUUUGAUUUCUUCUCUUCUUCCUCUACUCAGCUCCGGAAAAAAUGGGUUCCCUUAUUGUAAUGGAACCAGCCGACGUCGCCGCCUACGCCGGCGGUGGACCAAGGCGGUCAUUCCAGAACUUGACCACCAUCUGCACAUCCACCGACCGGGUUCACUGCGGUGGGAUUUUUGUGGGAUCGAACCCUCUGGAGUACUCCGUCCCUCUUCUUCUAAUGCAGUUGGGUGUUUGUUCUGUGACCAUUCUGCUAUGUUCUAAGCUCCUCAGGCCCCUCGGUCUUCCCCUCAUCGUCUCCCAAAUCGUGGGCGGUUUAGUUCUGGGUUCUUCGAUUCUGGGGCAGCUUGAUGGAUUCAAAGAAACUUUUUUCCCCCUCAGGGGAUUCAUAUUCCUUGACAUAGUCUCUUCAUUAGGAUCCAUGUUUUACUUCUUCAUCAUUGGAGUUCAAAUAGAUUUCUCUGUUGCCAAGAAGAUUGACACGAGGGCGUUUAGUAUUGGGUCCUGUUCUGUGGUUUUGCCCAUGAUUCUUACCUCCAUUUACUGUUUGGCUUCAAUGAAUCCUGCGUUGAACCCCCAAAUUGCCAAUUCCUUCCCUGUUGUUGCUGCAUUAGAGUCUGUUAUCAAUUUUUCCAUGGUUACUUGCUUUCUUUCGGAGCUUCAGAUUAUAAACUCUGAGAUUGGGAGAAUUGCUUGGUUGUCUUCUGUGGCUUCUGGUUUUUGCACCAUUUGUUUUACAUUGGUAGGAAUUGUGUUCGUUCCUCGAAGUAACAAAUAUGCAGCCUUAGCAGUAGUUUAUACUCUUGUGGUUGUGGCUGUCAUCAUCAUUGUUUUGGCUCGGGUUGUCGUAUCGCGGAUGAUAGAGUAUAAUCCGGACGGGCAACCGUUGAAGGAGGGGUAUGUGAUUAGCUUGCUUUUAGGGGUGUUUGUGACUGGCGUUUGCAGCCAAGCCAUUGGUUUGCAGGUAUAUUUUGGUCCCCUUGUACUUGGGAUGGCAAUCCCUUCAGGGCCGCCCAUUGGAUCAACAUUGGUAGAGAGGUUUGAUUUCGUCACCUCCUGGGUUUUAAUGCCCAUAUUCUUUGUCAAAUUAGGCUGGGUUAUCGAUAUCUUUAUCAUCCAACUCAAGAAUUUCUUAGUCCUGUCGUGCAUUGUCUUUGUCGCUGCGUUAGGAAAGUUUUUGGGUGCCUUUACGACUUCAAUCUACUUCAAACUGCCCGUAAGAGAUGCCGUAUUGCUCGGCCUUAUCAUGAAUAGUCAAGGAGCUAUGGAGCUUUGUAUGAUUAAAAUGUUGAAGAAACAAAAGGUGUUAGAUAACGAAAUGUUUUCGAUUUUGUGCUUAUGCAUCGUGAUUUUGAUGGCAAUUAUCACUCCUAUAACAAGAUAUCUCUAUGAUCCUUCUAGAAAGUAUGUAGCUUAUGAUGGAAGAACAGUGAUGCACUCGAGACCAGAGUCUGAUUUCCAUUUAUUAGUUUGCGUUCACGACCAAGAAGAUGUUCCAAAUGCCAUUAACCUACUUGAGGCCUUGAAUCCGACGAGACGAAGCCAUCUUGUUGUCUACAUGCUUCAUCUUGUUGAACUGCUCGGUAAUGCGAACCCCCAACUCAUUUCCCACAAUCUCGCAAAGGUGCGUUCUUCGAGGUCCUGCCCUUCGGAGCAUAUCGUUAAUGCUUUCAAAUACUUUGGAGAGAGCAAUCGUGACAUUGUUGCGAUUUAUCCCUUCACUGCAAUAUCUCCUUCUGCAACUAUGCAUGACAACGUUUGUACGCUUGCACUCGAGAAAGGAACUUCCUUGGUUCUUGUUCCUUUCCAUAAGAGAUUUCAUUCCAAUGGUGUGAUGUCAUUAUGCAAAAGUAAGAUGAGGACAGUUAACAACCACAUACUUGAUAAAGCACCCUGCUCUGUCGUUCUUGUCGUCGACCGUGGACUCUUGAAAGUCUCAAACACUAUUGCAAUCGACUUGUAUACUUUUCACUUAGCCGUGGUCUUCGUUGGUGGACCAGAUGAUCGUGAGGCAAUGUUCAUCGGGGCAAGAAUGGUCGGGCACCCCAAUAUCCACUUAACUGUGAUUCGACUUCUGACGAAUGAGAAUGUUUCAGGCGAUAACGUCGAAGAGAGGAGGCUCGACAACGAGGCAGUGAGCGAUUUUCGAGAAAUUGUAGCAGGCAAUUGCAAAGUGAUAUACAUUGAAGAGGUGGUGAUGGAUAGCACAGGAACGGUCUCUAUACUUCGUUCGAUGGGGAACAAUUUUGACAUUGUAAUGGUCGGAAGACGACAUGGUCCAAGUUCGCCAUUGGUUCAAGGUUUAGUGCUUUGGAAUGAGGAUACAGAACUUGGGGCAAUUGGGGAGGUACUAGUCUCCUCAGAUUUUAUGGGCAAUGCCUUAAUCUUGGUUGUGAACCAACACACAAAAGAGUUUAAUGAAAGUCAAGGGAAGCACCAAGAAGUUGUGUAACGAUUGGACUUUUUGAAAUGUGGAGUGCUUAGGGACACUUAUGUUGGGUGAGAUACGUAAUUGUGUAAUCCUAGCAAAUAGAUUAUAAUGUAAUUGAUUACAAGAAAUUACAUAUAACGACAAUGUAAAUAAGACUAUAGAUAGCGUUUAGAUAGUGUAUAGGUUAGAAACACACGUGUAACUAAAAUUAAACCAUAAGAGAAAUACUAAAGUUG